GAGUGCACAACUGGUGCCUGCAGAGUAAAAGGUCCUGCUUCCCUCCUGCCUCUGCUGCCCAGCGGUACAGUGCGAAGCAUCAGUACCUGUUGGUGUGACCUGAAGCCCUGGAGAAAGAUCAAGAGAAGCUCCUGGCAAACAGGAGGCUCUAAAGACAUACUUGGUGUGCUUGAGAAGGGGUUGGCAGGCGGUGCUUCCAUGUAGCAAAGGCAUAUGAUACUCAUCACAGAUCUAGAAGCUUGGCUGGAAGUGUUGGUUGAGAUACACUUUAUACUGCUGUUCAGUCGACAGGGGAAAUUAAGGCUUCAGAAAUGGUAUACGACCCUACCUGAGAAAGAGAAGAAAAAGAUCGUUCGAGAAAUUGUUCAGAUUGUUUUGUCUCGCAAUCAAAAAACAAGUAGUUUUGUUGACUGGAAAGACCUCAAGCUUGUUUACAAAAGAUAUGCUAGUUUGUAUUUCUGUUGUGCAAUAGAAGACCAGGAUAACGAGCUCCUGACACUAGAGGUCGUUCAUCGAUAUGUAGAACUUCUGGACCGAUACUUUGGAAAUGUGUGUGAGCUGGAUAUUAUCUUUAAUUUUGAAAAAGCUUACUUUAUUCUUGAUGAGUUUAUAAUUGGUGGAGAAGUACAAGACACUUCAAAGAGGUCUGCGGUGAAAGCCAUGGAAGACUCUGACAUGUUGCAGGAGACAGUGGAAGAGUACAUGAACAAACCUGCAUUUUAAUGUUAAAACUACCUGGAAAGAGAACUGCUGUACACACCUGCAAAAUGCAUUUGCUGAAAUUGCUUCCCAAUGUGCCAGAGAAAAACCAAAACCAAUAACUAACAGGGUUUGUUUGUAUAAUUGUCAAGACGAAGGUCAGCUGAUGUAGCGCAGGGUUUAACAGUUCUGUAUUUGCAUUACUCUGCGUGCAAGUUUCACAGAAUUGUUUGUACCCUUGCUCUAGUUUCUCUUUUCCUUGCUGGACUGAACACUUGUUUUGUAUUGCAUCUUUUAGCUACAGGUUUUGUCAUCAUAAAAUGUUGAUCUACCAGUACAUGGAAGAGGUAUUUCAACUAGUUUUGGUCCACUGCUGACCACAUGACUCUACUUUUGUACAAAUGUCAAUUAUUUUGAAUGUAAUGAUUAUUCUACUGUAAUAAUAAGUUUUUUUUCUAAACGA